AUGGCCACGACGACGGGCAUAGCGCCGGCGACGGCGCACCAGUCGGAGUCCAUGUCUCCGGCCGGCACAGACGGCCCCCGCGCGGGUGCGUCGCCGGUCAGGGCUUUGCUCCGGCGGAUGAUGCCUCGGGGCCAUUACUCACCCCAGGGGUCGGCGCCGUCCGGAAGGGCUACCGAGAUAAUGGCGCCGCUGGACGCUGCCGACGGCGCGGAGGAGAAGCCACGUCGCGGGUGGCUGCGCCGGCUGGCCUCGCAGGAUGGCGCGCCGCGGCGGUGGAAGAGCCUCGGCGGCGCCGGCGCGUCGAGGCGGCUGGCGUCGCUGUCGCGAUCGCUGCGCUGGAAGCGGCUCUCCGUGAACCUGAGGGGCGGCUGGGCGUCGGCGCUGCUCGACACCGUCGCGUUCCGCGUCAUGUACGUGCUGGAGGCCGUCGUGCUCGGCCUCGCGCUCUCCUGCUUCUUCUGCUGCUGCGGCUGCCAGAUAUGA